UUAGUAUUUCACUCUGUUACUGAUUGAUCAUAUACGUAACAUUUUGUUAAUUUCUAUUCAAAUGAAUUUUGAGCCCACAGAUACAAAUCCUGAUCAUCCAUUAUCAUCUUAUUCCACUGCAAGUGCAGGACCUGAAAAUAAAAAGAUUCACGUCCUAUAAAGCAAAAGAGGCAUGAUGAAAAAAAGCUGUUUCAACAGUUGCUAAUCACGCAGGCAGUUUCAUCCCCACCAACACAAGUAGAUUUUCCGAAACUCAAGUAAGCCAAAAAUAAAAACCACAUCCAUUCCCAUAGAAGAAUGCCGCGCCACACCUGCAGAUUCGUCUCCACCAUUCGAUUAAAACGUUGGAGUCUUCAAACUUGAAUUUAAACUGAGAAAGAUGGUAACAGCGACCUCCAUGGCGACUCGCAGCUCGCUGGAGCUCAUGCUCGAUAAACUGCAGCAGCUGGAGGAGCAGCCGCCCGACACUCCGCCUCCGCUCCCCGUUAGGCCAGUCUCUAGGGCCCGGAGAGCCCGGCUGCCGCGGCCGCCGGGCAGGCAUUCUCAUAGAAAUGGAAUUGCAGCUGCAUCUCACCAUAUUUUGGAAAAGAAGCACGAAUUUGGGGAUCUGAAAGGAGGAGCAGAAAAAGGAGUGUGCAAGAUCCAGAAAUGCUACCGCGGUUACCGAGUUCGUUGCUGCAAUUGGGAGCUGAAAAGGGGAGCGAUCGCCCUGCAAUCGUUUAUUCGAGGCCAAAACGCGAGAAGGGGAUACGAACGAAGAUGCAGAAUUCUUAGUGCUACUAUCACAAUACAGAAACAAGGCAGAAAGUAUCUCGAGCUUCGCUCUGCAGCCAGUCUGAAUCCCAAUCAACGGCGGCAACGAGAAGCGGAGAAAACCAAGGAUCAAACUCGAAUUCCGUACACAUCUCUGGUUGAUCUUCAAAAGCGAGUGGUGAGAACAGAGGCCAAGCUCAGGGCGAAGAAUGAGGAAAACGCCGCGUUGAAGAGGAGACUGUUGGAAAUUGAGAAGAAAUGGCAGCAGCGCGAGGAGAGGAUGGCGUCGAUGGAGAAGGAAUGGCAAGAUCAAUUAACAUAUAUACAAGAAUGCUUAGCUGCUGCGGCUAAGAAGAAUCAAUCGCCUCAAAUCCGAUAUUCCAAUCGAUUCCAAAUUCCAGAAAACGGAAGGGGUUUGCAUAUUCCGAUGAAUUCCAAUAGUAAUGUUGUGGAUGAAGACGAUGAAGUUGGAGAGGAGCGAGUGUGCCUCAAACUCCGCCCUCGCGAGGAGCUUCAGAAACUGAGUGUAAGAUUUAAGGAAUGGAAGAAAGAGUACAAGAAUAAGCUAAGGAAGGCACAAUCAACCUUCAAGAAGACUUCAAAGAGCCACAAGAAUUGGUGGGGAAGAUUAUCCAACUAAUUAAGUCAAUCAUCAUCAAAAUGUACCAACAACUUUCUCUAUUCUUUCUCCCACUCCUCUACGCUUGCACAAUUGUAAACAUGUUGAAUACCAAACAUUAUUUGAAAUAGAAGAUCUCUUCUAUUUGCAUUA